AUGCCUUGUUACACAGUGACUGUGUCUACAGGGAGCCAGUUGUUUGCAGGUACAGAUAGCUAUGUCUACAUCACACUAGUGGGCACUGAGGGAUGCAGCAAGAGGACACUGCUGGACAAACCUCAAUACAAUGACUUUGAGAAAGGAGCGAAGAACUCCUAUUGCCUGAGCAUCGAGGAGAACCUGGGUGACAUUGUGCUGGUGAAGAUUGAGAAGAAGAAGUACUGGGUGCAGGAUGACUGGUACUGCAGGUACAUUGCAGUUCAUACCCCGUCUGGAGACUACGUGGAGUUCCCCUGCUAUCGCUGGCUGGUGGACAACAAGGAGGUGGUGCUGCGAGAUGGAAGAGCUCGUCUGCCCCAGGAUGAUAAGAUCAGCUUGAUGAAGGAGCACAGACAGAAAGAGCUGGAUCUGAGGAGGGAAACUUACAGAUGGAAAGAGUGGCAGCCUGGCUUUCCAAUGAGCAUAGAUGCUGACAGAUACGGCGAUUUACCCCGGGACGUCCUUUUUGAUAGUGAGAAGGAAGUGGAUUUCCUUCUAAACUUCAGCAAGGCGAUAGGGAGCCUGUAUGUGAACCAGUUCAUGCACAUGUUCCAGUCCUCCUGGAGCAACUUUGGGGAAUUUGAGAAAAUCUUUGUGAGAAUCAAAAACACAAACUCAGAGUAUGUGAUGCAACACUGGAAGGAGGACUUCCUGUUUGGGUACCAGUUCCUGAAUGGCUGCAACCCUGUUAUGAUCCGAAAGUGCACCAAACUUCCGGAGAAGUUUCCUGUCACCCAUGAGAUGGUUUCAGACAGUCUGGAGCGAAAGAUGACCCUGGAGCAAGAAAUGAAGGCAGGUAACAUCUACAUAGUUGACUACAAGGUGUUAGAUGGCAUUGGUGCUAAUGACACAGACCCGUGCACACUGCAGUACGUGGCAGCUCCCAUCUGUCUGCUCUACAAGAACACGGAGAACGUGAUCCUACCCAUCGCCAUACAGCUUGGUCAGACUCCAGGAAAAGACACGCCAAUCUUCCUGCCCACUGACAGUCCACUGGACUGGCUGCUAGCUAAGAUGUGGGUCCGUUCGUCUGACUUCCAGUACCACCAGGUCAUCACACACCUGCUCAGGACUCAUCUGAUUUCUGAGGUGUUUGCUAUUGCUAUGUACAGGCAGCUCCCUGCUGUUCACCCCAUGUUCAAGCUCCUCAUCCCACAUGUUCGUUUCACCAUCGCUAUCAACACCAGGGUCAGAGAGCAACUCAUCUGUAAACAUGGCCUCUUUGACAAGGCAAACUCUUCAGGUGGGGGCGGCCAAAUCCAAAUGAUUCAGAAGAGCAUGAAGUCCCUAACCUUCAGGUCUCUGUGCUUCCCGGACAUGAUCAAGUCCCGAGGCAUGGAUAAUAAAGAUGAGCUGCCCUUAUACUUCUACAGAGACGACGGCUACAGAGUGUGGGAUGCCAUCAAGAGUUUUGUGUCUGAUGUGGUGAACAUCUACUACAAGAGUGAUGAGACAGUGCAGAAAGAUGCAGAAAUCCAGGCUUUUGUGAAAGAUGUUUGCACCUUUGGUAUGCAGGACUUCAGCCACUGUGAGUUUCCCAGGUCUCUGAAAUCCCGAGAGGAGCUGAUGGAAUAUCUGACUGUCAUUGUGUUCACUGCCUCAGCUCAACAUGCAGCUGUUAACUUUGGACAGUAUGACUGGUACUCCUGGAUUCCCAAUGCUCCACCAACCAUGCGGAAACCUCCACCUAAUCGGAAGGGUUUGGCUGAUAUGAACUUGAUCCUUGAGAGUCUCCCUGAUCGAGGACGAUGCAGCUGGCACCUUGGGACCGUCUUUGCCGUCAGUCAGUACCAGGAGAACGAGCUGUUCCUGGGGAUGUACCCUGAUGAACACUUCAUAGAGAAGCCAGUGAAGGCAGCCAUGGAGAAGUUCAGGAAGCAAGCGGAAGAGAUAAUCAGCUCCAUCAGGAGGAGGAACGAUGGAAAGGAGCUCCCAUACUACAACAUGUCACCUGAUAAGAUCCCAAACAGUGUCGCAGCUUGA